AUGGCAACCGGCUCCCAUGGAUCAUGGCGGUCCAACGAGACACCAAUGAUACCAAGCCCAGUAUACACUUGCUCCUUCUGCCCUAGGACCUUCACAAACCUCCAAGCUCGUGGUGGACAUAUGACGAAACAUCGUCAAGAGGUCCUAGAGAAUAGGAGGAAGCAUGAAGAAUACAUGACCAAAAAGGCCAAGGACUUCUCGAUGGAGCCACUAUCACCAAACACGACUUAUUGGAGAAGGUAUCGCAAGGGUAAGGAGAAGCCUGAAGAGAUUAUAUUUUUUCCAAUACAAAUGUCCAGGGAGUUAUCUGAAGAUGAUGGUGGAUCAAGCAAUGUCCCCAUGCCAUAUGGGAGUGUGGCAACUAAUACCUCUAUGAUGUUGACCGUGGAAGAGAAGGAGAUAGGAGAUGAAGAGGAGAACCUGAACAUUGAUCUUACCUUGAAGUUGUGA